AUGUAUGAUGAUGCAGGAAUAAUCUCGUGUUCACUUUAUACAAAACAGGGAGAGAAGAGGGAGGACCAUAACCGGCGCAAGUGCCUUUCAUCCUUGUUCAACCUACGUGGAAAUGUUCGUGUCGGAACUCUAAAUUUCAACCACUUUUAUUCACCGGAACCGCCUUGUGGGCAGAUCCGGAGUCGGGCAGAGGAAGUGCAGUGUCGAUCAUGCCAGACAGGAACCUUUUCAGACUCGUUAGACUCUGAACUGUGUCUUCCACACUCCUCCUGCAAGCUUCAUGGGCGAAAACUUGUAACCUCUGGCACUGCAUACUCUGACGCUGUGUGUGGAGACUGUCUGCCUGGAUUUGACUCCAAAGCCGGAGUAGGAAGUGCUUCAAUCAAAAACUCCUGUGUGAAGAUGACUGUACACAUCAGAAGCGUGCGCACAGUGGGGCAAGGCUUGGGAAUUGGUGCUGAAGGGCCAGUCAAUGACACAGUUGUACGCAGCGCUGAGGAGAAGACAACCGAUUAUGUGGUGUUCGCUUUAGUGCCUAUCUUCUGUGUUAUGGGCCUGCUGGGUAUCGUGAUUUGCAACUUCUUGAAGAAGAAAGGAUGCCACUGCAAUGCCAAGAAGGAUGGGGUUGAUGCAGAGGCUGCAACACCUCAGAGAGAAGGUAAUAACGACGACCUGAAUGAAGACACUAUCGGUGUUCUUGUCCGCCUGAUUACUGAGAAACAAGAAAAUGCUGCUGCUUUAGAAGAACUACUGCAAGAGUAUGAGCUCAAACAGAUGGCCCAAAGCAAAGUCUCAUCAAUCAAGUUCCCGAUGCAGUCUCCACUGUCUUCAUUUUGCUCCCUUCCCAGACUUUGCCCCCAUCAGUCGCACCUGCACACCAUCUCUGGCCUCUCUGGCUUAGCACCAAAGCAUGGCUACCGUUGCUCCCGAUGUGCCCAGAAGAAAUGGCCUGCCAUACUCGUACCCCCUCUGGAUUCCCUUAAAAAUCCCCUUAAGCCCCCACAGACCCUUAUCGUUCCCACACUGAAAACGUCCACCGAGCAGAAGAGGGGUCCCCUGACGUCAGGAAUAUGCGUUAACACUCAGUGUACACAAACUAUGGUGCCAAAUAUGGUGCAGGAGACUGUGGAGGGCAUUGAGGCAAAGGAAUGGACAGAGGGGGGGCUGAAAGUUCUCUCUGUGGGAAGAUUUCAAGUGGCUCAGAUCCCUGAAUACAAACCAGUCAUAGAGGAAACAAAGGCACCAUCCCAGGAGCAACGCAAGUCCCUUUUUGGUGGGAUUCAGUUUUCAUCAACUUCAUUAGCAGGCCUCAUGAGGUACGACUACAGAUUGUCAUCUUGCGUCCCCUUGCCUCUCCCUUCUUGUACUUGUUUACAAAAUCGGUUGUCUGCACAAAAUGUUUGUCAGCUCUGGCCAAUGACGAACACAGCUGAUGAGUAUUAUACAUGUCUAAGUUUACAUGUCUAAAGUUUCAUCAAGGCCCAGGCUUGGACAAAUCACGUUUGAAAAAUAUGCUCAAACCUCAACAUAAUGACACAAACUGUUUCAGGUGACCGGAGACGCUUGCAUGGUAACACUACCUCUGACAAGGAUGACCACUAAUGGCAGGUUUGCAGCGUGACACCAACAUCGAUCCAAGGGGUUACAAUCCUCCUGCGAGAGUGUUUCAUGAUGAGCAAAAUGAAACAUAAAAGAAUGAACAGCAUGAAGCUAAUCCAAAGGUAAAAUGUGGAUGUCCACCUAGUUGGAACACAGAGGUUUAUACUAUAUUGGAUUAGCAGCUGUCAUUGCUUUUGCACUUUUAAGGGCAGGUGAGAAGAAUAGGCUCCAGUGUUUGAACUUUCAUAACAAAAGAUACAUUCUCAGGUAAACUAACUCUCUUGGUUACACAAUAGACUAGUCUUUCUUCCUUGUGUAAAGGGAGGUCAACAUAUAGAGAAAAGAAAAAAAAAACUGGUGUGUGUGUAUAUAAAGUGAGGUAAACAUUCAACCAACCAGUUAAUGUGCAACUUGAUCCGAAAAUAUCAGUGAGGUUUUCAUCACGAUGCUCAUACGACAGGUUCAAACUAUACUACAAUAGCAGUAGGGGAGGAUUGAAAGAAAAAAAAUGGAUUCAAGGUCAUUAAUACAGUCUCUGUUCCUUCUGUGUAAACUGGGUGUUUGUUUAAAAGAAGGACUUGAAUAGAAAGUAUCCACGUUUUUGUGAGCCACUGCAGGAGUGAAGGGUGAGAAAAUAAAAAAAGUACUCAUACAAUCGAGUCUUUGUACAAAAAAAGUUUAAAAAAAAGAAAGGAAUGUACAUUUUACUACAGCAUGGAAGACAGGCGUCAUACGUCUAACAACUGUUCAUGCAAAAAUGUCAAAUCAAAUCAAGACAAAACUGCAACAAUCUUUCAGUUACUUGAUCAAGUCAUUCAAAAAAACUAAACUUGAACUCACACUUGACGUUUAACUGUGUACAAUUAUUUGCAAAGAAAAUGGCUCGUUAACUUAUUUCCACACCUAACUUAUUUUCCAGUUCUUCAAAAGAACUCAUACUGUGUAUUUAUAAAAUGCGGUUGCUGAUGAGUUAGUGGUUUUAUGUGACAUUUUCCUAAAUUUUAAGGUUUGCUACAUUGUAUUUAUAGCACUUUUAAUACUAUUUUCACAUUGUUAUAAAGAAUAUGACAACAUAUGUAAAAGAUGAUAUGAUGACGAUUACCUUUUCAUCAGUCAUUCUUUGAUGUAUUCAAUCUGUUUGCUGGAUUUACAAAACAUUAUCUCAAUGUCAUUUCUAAAAUGUUUUACUGUUGAAAUAAAAGAAGGAAAUUUUGAA